AUGGAGCAGGGCGGGGAGGCCCACUGCUCUGCUGAGGAGACCUUGAUCGAUGACUAUAAGAUGAUGAUGACCCUGGGCCAAGGACAGUUUCCAGAGGUCAAACUGGCCUUUCAUGUACCCACAGUACUAUCCUGUGUGGCUGUAAAAAUUCUUAGAAACAAGAAGUAUGCCUCUAUAUGCCUCGCUUAUCAACGUGAAAUCAGCAUCAUGAAAUCCCUUGCCCAUCCUAACAUCAUUAAAUUGUUUCAUGUGGUCCACACCAGAGAGACCACCUACCUGGUGAUGGAGCAUGCAUCAGAGGGAGGCCUGCUGCAUCACAUCCUGGAACUGGGGUCCUUAGAGGAGAGCGAGGCUCGAAGGCUGUUCACCCAGCAAUAUUGCCAUGAUAACUUUAUUGUUCAUAGAGACAUAGAAGCCAAUAACAUCCUAAUCGAACACAUGGGUAAUGCCAAGCUGUGUGAUUUUGGCCUUUCUGCUAAGGUCAUCCCUGAGGAGAAGCUUGGUGGUUUCUGUGGCACUCUGUACUACUGUGCCCCGGAACUCUUUGGAAAAAAGGCAUACAAUGGCCAUGCCACUGAUAUUUGGAGUUUAGGUGUGCUCCUCUUCUUCAUGGUGACAGGGGGGCGGGGGGACUUUCCCUUCAAAGCUAGCUCUGUUGCAGGGGUGAAAGAGCAGAUCCUCACUAAAAACUUCAGGGUGCCUCUGCAUGUUUCCGUUGAUAUUCAUGAUGUCAUCCUCAAACUUCUGAUUAUAAACCCCUACAGGAGGCCCACCGUAGGCCAAAUCAUGAAGCGCCCCAUGGUCAGGAACAGUGAGGCUUGGUCACCACCUGCUUCCACCCAGUCUCUCCCAGGCACCCCGAGCCCGAGCAUUGUCAGGGCCAUGACAGUCAUGGGGUAUAAAUCUGAAGAAAUCAUUGAGUCUCUGAGAGACCAGAAAUACAACCAGGUGAUGGCCACUUACCUAAUUCUACAGCACCAGUUACCUGGGGGAGACUGCUACCAUCACCAGGAGAAACCCGUGAGAGCCAUGCAGCCAGGCCUUGUCCUCAACCUGGCAGAUCUUCACACUUUCCCUGUGUCCUUGGGGAGAGCUACCGACCCUGCUCUCCCCACCUUCACCUUGCCAUCGAAGACCAAGGAGAAAGAUGAGAAGAAUGCCAGGCAGGGUGGCACAAGGCACAGCAUGCCUGCCGCCCUGUGCUGCCAGCCAAAGAGGACCCACCCUCCCCACCUACCCUACCUGGGCUGUCCUAUGGCUGAUUCUCUCAUGGGCAGCAACCUGGAAAUCACUGAGUAUUUCAAACAGUCCGAGAUCGGGUCAUUCGGCAGCCACAUGGCCAGUGUCCAGCCACCUCUCUUUCCAGACACCUCCUCUCCUAGGCCACACCAGAAUGAGAGUACAAGUGACACAGACAACAUGUUCUCCUGCAGUCCCCAAGAGGAACUCUGGAGCUCCCAGGAGGCAUCUCAGUAUUUCACUCCCACAGGCUCCUCCCUUUGGGAUACAUUGCAGAAAGAGACCAUCACCCAGAGAUCGACCAUGACUCAGGAAGGGACCAUGGCCCAGGUUGAGGGAAUGACCCAAGAAGGGACCUUGACCCAGGAAGGGACUACAACCCAGGAAUUGACCAUGAUCUAG